CGUUUAAGGGGAAGAGCCAAUCGCAUGACGUGUUUUAUAUCUCGUCCCUGAAUGUCUACCUUAUUUUAACUUUUCGCCUCUAACCUGAGGAUUUGCAAGUAAACAAUAAGCAACAAAGGAUCAUUGUAGGAAAUCUGUACAUUAAUUACACGUGUCAGUUUAGAUACAUAGUUAAAUUCAUAAUGGAUGUAUUUUUAAUGAUCCGGCGAAAGAAAUUGACGAUAUUUACCGAUGCAGAGGAGAGUACGACAGUUCUUGAAGUUAAAAAAAUUAUAGAAGGUAUAUUGAAAAUACCACCUGUGAAUCAACAACUGUUCAACAAAGACAAUGUUCUAAUGUCGGAUAAUAAACUGUUGUCUGAUUAUGGAAUAACGUCGACCACGGCAAAACCACAGAAUCCUGCGUUAAUAGGGUUAGCUGUACGUCAAGAAAAUGGGCUGUUCGAACGUUUAGAAAUGACACCAUUCUCAAUACCACCUGACCUACCGGAUGUCAUGAAAUCUCAGGAAGCUAAUGGACAGGAGCAAUCACCUUGAAACAAUAUUACUGAUAUGACCUAAACGAUGAUAAGAUGUUGAGUUCAACAGAAUUUCACAAUUGUCAGAUAUUUCCAGAAUGGUUAACAGCCGAAACGAUGUGAAUAUCAGGUACAUAAAAGUUUAUACAAAUAUUAAAAGUGUCUUGAGGCUUUUUAACUUCCUUAGUGAAACUACCAAGUAGUCAUUGGACAUUUUGUUUUUGUUGGCUUUUCCGUUCUCAAUUCUCAAGUAUAACUUGAACAGUCGAAUAAAAAUAUAGAAAAUAAAAUUUGUAAUCCAAUACAACAUUCGAAUUUAUUACGACUUUUAUAUAGAUAUAUGAAAACGUUUCAAAACUCUGUUGUUAAUGCCAAGAUAGACUAUAUACCUCAGCCAGAUAUAAUUUAUGAUUAUAGUUUGUAACCUUGUAAUGUUUUGUAAUAUUUGCAAUCUAUUUAUUUCUUGCUUAAAUACAACAUUUCUCUUUAGAUUAUACAUUUCCAUAAAUUCUUUUAUUAAGCUCGAAGUACAAAAUGCCUCAAAUUUUGUAAAAUAUAUACAGUAACAUCACGUAUUACUUAAAGUGCAAAAUUGUCAGAAAUAUUCAUUGUAAAAAAGAAGACUUUGAGAAUUAGGUUUUACAGUUACAAAAUAGGGAUUUGAAAAUGUGAUAAAUUAUAUAAAUAGUACACGUAACUUUAACAAAUUGGUUACAUUUAAUACAUUGCAUCAUUUUAGCAUAAAAUACAAUACUCGUAUUAUAUAUAAAUAAUUUUACUAUAUCAUAACACCUUGUUAACUUUAUUUACAUGUUCAUUAAUUUAUUUGUGUGAAGAGUCACGUGUAUAUUUAUAUUAUAUGAUAGAAAUAUGGAGAACUCUUUAUGAAUGCAUAAGGAAGUAUUCAUAUAACAUUUACCAUAUAAAGUAUCCUCAAAUGUGUUACAGUAUCGUUUAAAAGUCCGAUUCUAAUACGUUAAGUAAGUCUCGAUUGUUUCACUUAAAUUAAUAGCAAUUUAACAAAAUUAAAAUUUUCCAAGUGCUGCAAUAAA